AUGCACCUUCAGGUCAAGGCCAGGUCGCUCGGUGGCGAUAUCGAGGUUGAUUAUGAUGGACUAGGCGCUAAGGAGGAACCCGGUGCGCCAAUCCUCGGCUGCAAGGGGUGCUUUCAGCGAGCACUGGGACAGGCCGCCGCACCAGUUGCCCAAUUGCUGGUGGGUGUGCGCUAUUUCCAGGCGGGCCAGGCAGACCCGGCGGGGCCAGAGGACGCCAUGGUGGAGGACAACGGGAACAACCACCAGGGCUCACUACUUCCCAGCGAGAGAACCUUCUGCAGCGCGAGAUCGGGGGGGGGCUCCCACGGAGAAGAAGAGCAAGGCGCAGGGGUCAUCGAACAUCGGGAACGUACGGCCAGGAAGGGGGGCGCUCCGCGUCACAAGCGCAGGCUAGCAACGUUUGUUUCACUCGCAUCGACGGCUGACGAGGAUGACGUGGGACUCGAGGAAGGAGAGGGGGUCCAGCCGCUGGCGGGUCUCGUGUGGGUCGGGCAACACGAGGCACAGGCGUAUAGGGUCAACCUGGCGCUACGCAAGGACCAAGACGCGGUGGGUGGACAUUUUUUCGAGAACGUUCUGAUGAUCCUUCUGCGCUUCUUUCGAGUACACUUCGGCGGAGAGUUCGAGCUCAGCCCGGACAAGUCUGUCGUCUCGAUCUCUCGACAGGGCGACGGCAACCUGCCGGAGGAAACGGCCAAGUGUCUGGAGUAUGCUAUCCACGUGUGCCGGGAAGGAGCCGAGGUACGCCUCGACCAGACUGUGUAG